GAGAUCAGAGGAAUUCAUGGAGCCAAAGAAACAGAGACUGCAAGGGUUGGAGGGACCUAAAGCCAGAUAAAGGAUCAAGUGCCCAGAAGAGUUCUCAGGGAGGGGUCAGUUUGAGCAGGGCUGCUACCACGCCCGACUUGAGGGCAGCUGCUGUCCAGUGGGGCCAAAUAAACAUAGCCUAGUGAGGGACAGUCCUACCUUGACGCUCCCUGCUGCUGCUCUCUCAGAAGCUGUCUCCAGUUGUCCACUGACAGGCUCAUUUCCUUUGUGCUAAGCUCCAGGUUGAACUGAGGGCCACAACUCUCUGCAUUCCCCCAGCCAUGGGGCCCAGAAUAGGUGAAGGGUCCCAGAUGGCAGACAGGAGCACCAAGACCACAACGGGCACAGAGGACAUACAUGAAAGGAAACUCAGUGUGGAACCUCAGGACUCACAUCAGGAUGCACACCCCCGAGGAAUGUUCCAGAACAUCAAGUUCUUUGUCCUGUGUCACAGUCUACUGCAGCUGGCACAGCUAAUGAUCUCUGGCUACCUCAAGAGCUCCAUCUCCACAGUGGAAAAGCGCUUUGGGCUGUCCAGCCAGACCUCAGGGCUGCUAGCUGCUUUCAACGAGGUAGGGAACAUAUCCUUGAUCUUGUUUGUAAGCUAUUUCGGCAGCCGCGUGCACAGACCCCGGAUGAUUGGCUAUGGGGCUCUCCUGGUGGCCCUGGCAGGCCUGCUCAUGGCACUUCCUCACUUCCUCUCAGAACCAUACCGCUAUGACCACAGCAGCCCAGAAGAUAGGUCACAGGACUUUGAAGCAUCCCUGUGCUUGCCCACGACUAUGGCUCCAGCCUCCGACCUGUCCAAUGACAGCUGUUCCAGAAGCACAGAAGCCAAGCAUCUGACUAUGGUGGGGAUCAUGUUCACAGCACAGACCCUGCUUGGCAUCGGUGGUGUGCCCAUACAGCCCUUUGGGAUCUCCUACAUUGACGACUUUGCCCACCAUAGCAACUCACCCCUCUACCUUGGAAUCUUGUUUGCAAUAACCAUGAUGGGGCCUGGCCUGGCCUAUGGGCUUGGAAGCCUCAUGCUACGCCUUUAUGUGGACAUUGACCGGAUGCCAGAAGGAGGCAUCAACUUGACUACAAAAGACCCCCGAUGGGUGGGCGCCUGGUGGCUGGGCUUCCUCAUCUCUGCAGGACUGGUGGUCCUGGCUGCCAGCCCCUACUUCUUCUUCCCCAGAAAGAUGCCCAAGGAGAAACACGAGCUUCACUUCAGGCGGAAGGUCUUGGCAAGAGGGGCCUCAAAUGGCAGCAAGGAUGAGGAGCUCUCCUCCCAGCAUGAACCUUUAAAGAAACAGGCUGGAUUGGCCCAGAUUGCCCCAGACUUGACUGUGGUCCAGUUUAUCAAAGUCUUCCCUAGGGUGCUGCUGCGGACACUGCGCCACCCCAUCUUCUUGCUGGUAGUCCUGUCCCAGGUGUGCACCUCAUCCAUGGUGGCGGGCACAGCCACCUUCCUGCCUAAGUUCCUGGAACGCCAGUUUUCCAUCACAGCCUCCUUUGCCAACCUGCUCCUCGGCUGUCUCACUAUCCCCCUGGCCAUUGUGGGCAUCGUGGUAGGAGGUGUCCUAGUCAAGCGUCUCCACCUGAGCCCCAUUCAGUGCAGUGCCCUCUGCCUGCUCGGCUCGGUGUUGUGUCUGCUGCUCAGCUUGCCACUCUUCUUCAUUGGCUGCCCUACCCAUCAUAUUGCAGGCAUCACACAGGACCUGGGUGCCCAGCCAGGGCCAAGCCUGUUUCCUGGCUGCUCAGAGCCCUGCUCCUGCCAAUCAGAUGACUUUAACCCUGUUUGUGAUACCAGUGCCUAUGUGGAGUACACCACACCCUGCCAUGCAGGCUGCACAGGUCGUGUGGUCCAGGAGGCUCUGGGCAAAAGCCAGGUCUUCUAUACCAACUGCAGCUGUGUGGCAGGGAAUGGCACAGUUCCUGCAGGUUCCUGUGAGUCAGCCUGCAGCCGCCUGGUGCUACCCUUCAUUCUCCUGAUCAGCCUGGGGGCAGCAGUGGCCAGCGUCACCCACACACCUUCCUUCAUGCUCAUCCUGAGAGGUGUAAAGAAAGAAGACAAGACCCUGGCAGUGGGGAUGCAGUUCAUGCUCCUGAGAGUGCUGGCUUGGAUGCCCAGCCCUGUCAUCCAUGGCAGUGCCAUUGAUACCACCUGUGUCCACUGGGCCCUGAGUUGUGGGCGGCGAGCCGUCUGCCGCUACUAUGACCAUGACCUGCUCCGAAACAGAUUCAUAGGCCUCCAGUUCUUCUUCAAAAGUGGAUCCCUGGUGUGUUUUGCCUUAGUUUUGGCCAUCUUGAGGCAGCAGAACAGAGAGGCCAGCACCAAGGCCGCUAUAAAGAGCUCAGACCUACAACAGCUAUAAGCAUCAGGACCAGAGAAGAAGCCUAAGGAUUCCAGGAGGUUGACAGUCCCAGCCCCACCCUGACCAGGAGUGGCAGCCAUAGCCAUGCAUCUUCUGAGCCUUUGCCAAAGAUGGGCAAAGCAGCACCCACCCGUGUCAGAAGCUCCACAGGCCAGUGCCGGGUCCUCUACUAAACUGUGAAGUGACUUUGAACAAGCUUCUGGCUUUGCUUGCUCUUUGGAACCAAGGAAUCACUGUGUUGCCCAUUUCUCAAACGAGGGCCAUCCCUAUUCCUCCCCCAGCCAGAUGGCCAACCUGGAGCCAAGCUUUACUGGUGGGCAGGAGCUGGACAUCUCUCUCCCCUGAUUCUAGAAAAGGGAGUUAGGCCAACUAACUAAUCAUGCUGUACUCCACACAGAGGCUCAGCCCAGCUCUGCCACUUGUGGAGCCCCUCUCCAUGCUUAAGUAGGGGAUUCCAGCUCUCAGGUUCCAGCUGUGCACAUCUGUGCAGUCAAGGUAGGUACAGGCCUCCUCCCCAAGCCCCGGCGGCCUUCAAGUAGUGUCUAUUUGGCGCCCCCUGGAGGCAGAGUCCAGAGACGAAAUUAAGGAGAUCUCCAAAUGCAAGUAGGAGCAAGACAGCGUAUUUGACUGAAGUGUGUGAGCAGAACCUAGCUGAAGUGGGAGAGGGGCGCUUUGAUUCAGAAUGUUGCAGCUUUUGUCAGGGAGCCACAGUUGGGAAAGGGACGUCUAUCCUAUCCUUUAGAGGCCUUGUAGCUUCAGAGACCACUUUAUAUUUGAUCCUGCUCCUACUAAAUGUGUACUGUCAGGAUCUCGAACAUUUGACCAGGGACCAUCAAAGUCACUGUAGCUUUGGGGAAUAGAAUCCUAGUCCAUAUACUCUGGGCUUUGUAGCUAAUAUCUGAUACUGUCAUAGCCAAGUUGGGGGUGACCUCUGGUUCUCUGAGGUCUCUGGACCAAUGUGAGGUCUCAGGGUAGAGAAGAGCAAAGCCACGCUCUGCACAGUGAACUAUGGUACAGCAUCCUUGGGUCAGAUUCCCUAGAACUCCCAAUUCUUUUCUAAGUCAGGCUUUGUCCCACUUUCUGGCCAGUCUUAUCUGGCCUGCUUGUCUCCAGGCAGCAGAAGAGAAAUCCCCAAUCUGCUCCCAGCCUGACCUGUUGAUGCUACACACCCCACCUGUGUGGCCACAAAGGGAGGUGAGAAGCUACCAGCAGCCUCCCUACCUAUGUGCCAGCUCAUAGCUAAGGGACAAGUUACUUGUCCCCAGUGAAGAAGGGACUAUAGAAGCUCUCAUUCCUGUCAGGCAUGGUGGCAUGCAUCUGUGACCUAGCAUUUAGAGACUAGAUCAGAAGUUCAGUGUGAGUCUCAGCUCCAUAGUGAGUUUGAGUCUAGCCUGGGCUACAUGAGAAUGUCUUAACAAAUCUAAAAAGAAUAGAGAAUGGAAGAGGAGAAGAGGAGGAGGAAGAGAAGAGCCUGGUCGCUGUCUAUCCUACAGUGCUUGAGACUAUACUAAUCAGUGCCGAGAAUUUUGAAGUCACUUUCACCAAGACAAAUGUGUUAGUGGGUUUCCAUUCUGUCUAUUCUCCGGCUUCCCGGGUUGUACAGGAAUAGCCUGCCCAUAUACGUACAGCUUAUUAUUAAAUUUGUCUCUGCAUAA